CAUACAAUAAGAAGUAUUAAGUAUGAAGACCGGAAAUUUGCUUUUUUCGGAAAUGCUAUCAAAAAGUCCGAAAAGUAGUGGAGAAAAACUAUCAGAUCAUGCUAUGAUUGGACAAUUAAAUUCUUUUUUAUUCGAUGCAACUGAUAACGAUGCUGUCGAGCGGCAUGACCAACUUAUAUUUUACCGAGUAACGGGCACAUCUUUGCAGUUUCCACAUCUAAAAUCUACAAUCCUCGCUAUAUCAGUUGGAUGUCUACUUUGCGCAUUUCUCUUUUUGUUUGCUUUAUCAUUCUUUUUAGAAGGCUACCCACUUUGGCAUACGUUAGCUUAUUAUCAUAUUAUUAUUAUGAUAAAUAUGAAUUGUGCGUUGUGGUAUAUUAAUUCUAGAGCAAUUAAGACGGCAUCAACGGCUCUAACGACUUGUUUUCAAAAGGAAAUUGUUUCCAGCCAUUCUUCAGACGUUAUAUCCAAAUAUCGUAUGUUGUGGCUGUACUUAAGCGAGCUUUUGCAAUCAUUGGGGAAUGCUUAUGCGAGAACUUAUUCUACCUAUUCUAUUUUUAUGUUUAUCAACAUUGUAAUAGCAGUUUAUGGUGCUUUUGCCGAGAUUGUUGACAAUACAGACGUUUCCCGCGAUUCAUAUAAGGAAGUCGGCUUGAUUGUGGAUGGAUUGUAUUGUUCUACACUAUUAUUUAUAUUUUGUGAUUGCUCUCAUAACGCCACUCUUGGUGUUGCUAAAGGCAUUCAAAAAGUAUUACUUGAAAUCGAUGUACGCCACAUUGACAGGAAAGCAAAGAGUGAAAUCGAUUUAUUUAUUUUUGCAACUGAAAUGAACCCGGCGAUUGUAAGCUUAAAAGGUUAUGUUAAUGUUAACCGUGAACUUAUAACUUCGUUUAUUGCAACGAUAACGGUAUACUUGCUUGUUUUAAUUCAGUUCAAAUUCACAUUAAAUUGAAUCAAUUAAGACAAGAGCCGCCAGGAACUCGUAUA